UUGGCUGCACCCGGUCUUUCUACGGCGCCGAUUGGCUGAGGCGUCGCUAGAGGGCCAGGCCUUGGCCGUCGCUGCCCGAGAACCGGCGUUCCCAGGACCUGGGCGGGACAGAGCCAGUGGUGACCCAUGGCAAAGAGGAGCGACGAGAUGAUCCGUCAGAAGUCCAGCCAAUUCCUAGGACUGAAGAUGCAGUCGGAGCUUGAACAGCCCUCCGAACUGCAGCGGGAACCCGAGAGGGAACUCACUUCAUUGGAUGAGUCCGUCAUGCGGAUAGCAACAGGUGUGCGGCCUGAGUCCGGCACCGCGGCCUCGGUAGAAGCGGAUGAAGAUCCUGCAGCCAACUUGUUCCCGCCGCCGCUGCCCCGGCCCCGGAUCUGCAUGUGGAAGUACCUGGACAUCCAUUCCAUGCACAGGCUGGAGAAGACCACCAACACUGAGGAGAUGAGGGAGGUGCUAGCUGAGCUGUUGGGGCUAGGCUCUCCUGAGCAGAGCCUGCGGGAUGCCAUCAUCCUGGACCUUUUCUCCCAUGCACUCAUCUUCUGCCGCCAGCAGGGCUUCUCACUGGAACAGACAUCAACAGCUUGUGCUCUGCUCCAAGAUCUUCACAAGGCCUGUGUGGCAACCCCCUUGGGCAACGUGGAGGAAUGUUACCGCUACUUCACCAGUGUUCUUUUUUGCCAUGGAGUCAGGGUCAGUUCCUCUGGAAUGGAAUCUUCAGUCUCCCCCCAGAUAAAGUCUAGCCCAGUCUCCUGCCCUCCCCCACACUCAUCACCCUCAUCUUUCUCUGAAGGCUGUAAGGGGCUCUCCCUGCUCCUGGACUGCCAGGCACUUGGAGAAAAGGUCAGGGUUCCUGGGGGUGGUCAGUCCCCUAACUCCCAAUCAUCCCCACAGCGUCCUCCCUUCAGUAUCAACCUCUUUAGGGAGGAACAGCUGCUUGCCCUGGCAGAUUAUGUGGUCAACACCUACUUCCGCCACUUCAAGCUCUACAAAUAUGUCUUCACACCCCAGGUGAGGCUGGACCUAUCUUUGACUUACACAGGGCUACAGCCGCCUGAGCUCUGGCCAGAGGAUGAGACAGAGAAAGAAGGCGAGGAGGUGGGAGAGCAGGCAGUCACCCCACAGGAGGAGGAGCUGGAAACAGUGGUCCAGCCAGCGCAAGAGCCAAGCACAGUGUCCUUUCUCCAAAUGAUUCCUCACGCAGAAAUUCAAGAUGACAAACCAGGCCAGGUCUCCAUCCUGCGAGCCUACAUCAAGACCCAGAUGAGCAAGGAGCUGGGGCAGCUCCAACAGCUGAUAGAGGAGCGGCUCAAAGCCAGCGAGGAAAGGCUCAACAGCAAGUUGACCAUCCUAGAGCGGCCCUUCCAGCUACCUCCUGGCAAAGGCAAGAACAAGACCAAGUGA